AUGGCAUUUACAGAAGGACAUGAACCAAAUAACUCCAACAUCAUCCAAAUUGGAAAGGAGAUUGUCAAAAAAUACAAAGGAAUUCCUCUUGCCACAAGAACCAUUGGAAGGAUGUUGUACUCUAAAGAUCGAGAAACCGAGUGGUUAUCCUUUCACAAAACUGAAUUUUCGAAAAUAUCUCAAGAUGACAGUGAUGUUUUACCCACAUUAAAGCUUAGUUAUGAUUGUCUCCCUUCCAAUUUGAAACAAUGUUUUGCCCAUCGUAGCGUAUUUCCUAAAGAUCAUGAAUUUGAUGUAUCAGACCUUAUAAGUCUUUGUAUGGCUCAAGAAUUUACUAACUUAUCUGAUUUAACUCAAUCUCUAGAGGAUAUGGGCCGUGAAUAUUUUAUGGAAUUAUAUUGGAGAUCGUUUUUUCAAGAAGUGGAAGAAGAUGAGUUUGGUAAGAUAUAUUCUUGUAAAAUGCACGAUCUCAUGCAUGAUCUUGCACUACAAGUAGCUGGAAUUCCAAUUUCUCUGUCUCAAACAGCAAACAGGAUCCGAAAAGUUCUUUUGCCUAGCCAAAAAUGGGAAGGUAAUGUAUUGAGACAUGGUUUGCUGUUAUGUGAUGCAUUUUUUUCAAAUUUCAAGUUCUUAUGUGCUUUGGAUCUGCAUGACUUUGGAUUAACGACAUUGUCAAAUUCCAAUAGAAAAUUGAGGCAUUUAAGAUAUCUCUAUCUUUCUCAUACAAAAAUCAAGGAUUUGCCUAAUUCCAUUACUAAGUUACAGAACUUGCAGUCUCUGAAGCUAUCCAGGUUGGACAAAUUCAAAGAAUUUCCAAGAGAUAUGAAAAAAUUAAUAAACCUCAGGCAUCUUGAAUUUAUUGGGGUCAGGGGUUUGAGUCAUAUGCCAAGUGGACUGGGACAGUUGACUAAUCUUCAAACCUUAUCAUAUUUUAUGUUGAGUAAAGGGACAAACUUAAGGCAUGGUUGUGGUGAUCAUGUUGGUGAGCUAAAGGAACUAAUGCCUUUAAAUAGCUUGAGAAAUCUCUGCAUUUUAAAUCUAAGACACGGAAUAACAGAUGGUACGGCAGCAAAUUUGAAGGAAAAACAGUAUCUUCAUUCCUUAAUGUUAGAUUGGUCUUCAUCAAAUGAUAGAAAAUAUCUUGAAGUCGCUAUGGGAACAACUAGCAGUGACGAGCAUGAAAGGACAUUGGAGAGCUUUCAGCCACUCCCAAGUCUAAAAGGCUUAAGUUUAGAAGGUUAUGGGGGUGUGAGGUUGUUAAGUUAG